AUGGACUUCAACGACAAGCUGGCGACGUUGACACGGGUGUGUUUGGCUCGGCGAGUGUCGGCGGGCAGGUUUGUCAAGCUGACUCGACAUUUGAUGGAAAAUGAGGGCGCCUCGGAAGUGAAUCCCAAGGCGUUGUUUGGAGCCAACACCUUCGACUUGUUGUUCUUUGCAUAUGUGCACAAGCUGGCGUUUGAAGACAGUCUUUUGCCCCCUUACAAGCUUCUGGCGUACCUCAAGGUGUGUGCCUAUGGCCGUCUUCCCCAGCUGCUCAUGUAUCUGGGCAAACAGCUUCAGGAAAUGGACACAGACGUGGAUUUGGGUGCCAAUGCGGGCUACAGCUACUUGAUUCAGGUUCUGGUUUCGUUCAUGAAGGACGCCUUUGCUUCUGGAGGUGGGAUGCGAAAGAGAUAUGGAACGUCUAUCGCCAAGGGGUUCGGGUUCUUUGCCGAGGUCCUGUUGACCCGACUCGGAGACAGAAUGGCCGGAGUGACUGCUCCCGAGAUCACCUCGCAGCUCGCAGAACUAGCAAAGGUCGAUGCUACCAUUGCCGGAAGACUGGGCGAAGCCUGGAUGGGUCUCAAGGGCGCAGCUAAGACCAGCACCACAGCUGAAACAGUAGCGGCAACCGUGGCUACACCCACGACUCUCACUAGACUUUACAGAGACACGCUGUUUGAAAGCCUCAUGUUUGGAGACUCAUCCUGGAACCAGUAUGGAUCCCUGUUCCAGCUCAUCAGCACGGUCUAUGCCAUGCCCGGGUACCCCACUCUGGCCUCGCAGCCCGUGCAGUCUCGUCUGGCAAUCAUUGGCGAGGUUAUUUGCGCCAUGUUUGACUGUCAGAGCAUCACUUUUCUGCGACGAGAUUCUGCCAAAAGAAACAACUACUGGAAAAGCUGCAUCCGAACACGAAUCCCGCGCAUUAUUCGCACUUUGUUCCCGCACUCGACACCCGAGGAAAAGACGCUCAUUCAAUCCGUCGUCUCAAAAAGUGUUCUGGGCCUGGAUCAGCCUACCGUGACCCUUAUUCGUCUUUCCAUCGGUUCUGACGAAUUAGACGACAUGUUCUCCUCGUUCCCGGGUGGCCUGGACGUUGACAUUAGACACGAACUGGUUGCUGCAUGCAUUUCCGAAGGAGUUCUGCCCAAAGACGCCUUCAACGCGAUUUUCAAAGACUCAGGAAUCAGCGUAGAAGCCCUCGAUUACGCAGACGAGCUGACGAUCGACGGACAGGCUAUGAGCCUAGAUACAAUGGCAGAGCAGCUGAGCUACGAGAAUCUCGAGAUUGGGUCUGUUUCCGACUGUCUCAUGUCCAAGGUGGUCGCUCAGAUGGAGAAGCUGAGUGGAAACGCACAGGAAGCGCUGACCAAACGGCUGCUAGUGUGCCUGGCAGACUUUGUGCAGGCAGGAAACGUUCGACCAGUACGAUACAUGUGCCAAGCUUUGGCACUGAACACAACUGCUGUCGACAUUAUGGCCCUUUGUGUCGAUCCCAUGCUAUUACUCAAGGCUCUGGUCGACUGCAUUGAGCUAUGGAGAGAGGAGGAGGACGAGGCCAACUACCAAGAAGCUUACACGGACUUUGGAGCCAUUGUGGUCUUUGCCAUCACCCUCAAGCAGCGCUAUCACCUCGAUUUGGCCCUGUUGAACCAAUUUGGAACACUCUUUGUGGGUGCUCCUUCGCCCUCCAGCACCAUGCCAUCACACGAGUUGUUUCUGUCACAGCUUCUCACAGAAAGCGACUCUUCACAACGCAUUUUCCAUCUUUCCGACGAACAGAACGACCAGCUCAGUGGAUGGGCUACCGCUCUGUAUGACGCUGGAGGCAUCUCCGACGAUCUAAUGCGAUCGUCAUCCGUAAAGCAAUUCUUUCUUGUCACCCCUGCCAUUUUUCAACAAAGCAUGCUCGCCCACGAGAAGGGCCUACUUUCUCUGUCGACCUUCAAGGGAGGCCUGGAGUAUUUUUUGCAGCCCUUUCUGUUGGGAUCAACAGUGGGAGUGUUCAAGUGGUUGUCGGAACAACUAUGGGUGCAUUCGCAAAAGGGACACGACGAGCAGAUGAGUACAGUUAUAUCUGUUUGUUCCACUCUAAUUCUCACCGAUAACACUGACAUUGAGGUCUUGUCUCCUAUUCAUCAAAUGGUGCUGGCUAUAUGUGCUGACGAAAUGUACGAGGCUCUGGAUAUGGCUCUGAGGGCAGGCUACAUGGUUGAAAACCGGGUGUUUGAGUUCCUCGAGCCUUUUGUUUCGGCCAUCAACUACAAUCUCAACGUGCAGCGAACAGUGUCGUCUUCUGGUUUCCGAUCGCAAAAGGGAAUCGGUAUGAGUGGGGGUGGAGGAAGUGGUACCAAGGAGCAGACGUGGAAAUACGGUGCUUCCAUGAUUGCCACCAUCAAGGAGCAGGUGUCGUCACUCAUCAGUUGGUCGCAAAACCAGUACACGGGUCCCCCGUUUGGAUACGAGCUUGUGAUGAUCCUGUCGUCGGUCGACACUCUGGGCCAUAAGUACGUUCUGGAGCAGCUGAUCGAGGAGAUUGCGCUGGCGGACUCCAACGGCACAGGCCAUUAUACCGUGGAAGUUGUUGCUACGAUUGCUACGGUUGCAUUCAUCAUUUCCACGUCUGUGAAGAGUCCACGACCGUUUUCCGACUCACAGCUCAUUCUCAAGUCACUCGAUAACAUGGUCAACGACUCCACGGGCAAGAGCAAGGACAUUUGCGUGCUGCUGCAGUCCAAGAUUCUGCAGUUGUUGACUACAGCAGGCUACAAACCCGACGGAAGUCGUCUGGACGGCAAACCACAUGCUAAAGAGGACUAUUCGUUUGUGGUGAACCGAACGGGCGAGGUUGAGAAUAAGCCCAUCAACGACUCGUCGCAAAACUCCAACACUGACAACCAGUUUAUGGACACUAACAUGUUUGGAGGCGACGACUUCACCAUGGACUUUGGCGGCGACAUUGACAUGCCCGACUUGUUCUAG